AUGAAUACUUCUCCUAACAUCGCUACUCCGUCUACAGAAGUAGAUUUGCCGUCACAGAUCCAUCCAGCAACUGGGCAGCUGGAACGGUUGCAGAGUAUCAACAACAAGAUGAGCAGCGAGGUCUCAUCCUUACUCCUCUCAGCAUAUAAGGAAAUACUCGUGUUGACUAUAUCAAAACACAAUGUCGCUUUAUUUCUACCUUCCACUGCCGGCCCUGUGAGAGAUAAUUCCACCAACCAGCAUGACCAGUCGCUUGUGCUAUCCGAGAGAGUGGACAAGUUGGACAAAGCUGUGGCUGAGCUUAUAUUGGACUAUCGCCACAUUACUGAUGAUAUUAUUAAAAGUGCAGCAGGGGUAGGUCAGGAUACACCAGAUGCGAAAUCAACUAAUCCUAAAUUUGUCCAUUUCAGCCUCUUCAAAUUUUUCGAGUCCCCUACCCAGUACCUAGAUACAUUGACGCCAGAUUCCAUAGGUGCGGCACAGAAAGGCCACUACUUGAAAGAGUUGCUUAUCCUCCAUGCUCCUCCUCUCGUCAAAUACUAUAUCGAAAAUGACCUCAAAGGCGUAACCGACUCUACUAUGAUUGGACAGCUGCUUGACAAGGAUCUUUGUUGUAGGUAUGGAAUCACCUAUUGGCUGAAGUCCGAAAGAGACUGGGCUAGUUCGUGCAAGAGACCGCUCAAUGAGGUUGUAUCACACUUCUCGCAUCAUAGGAGUGGCAUCUCUGGAAACAGAUAUUGUUCUCUGCGUGAUUUGGCUGCUUGUUGCACUGAAGCGCAGCAGAAACAGCUCGUAAGCUAUUUACACAAGUGUGGUAUUAAGCGAGCUGCUGACCACAAUUUUGCAUUCAGCUAUUUUUAA